AUGCCUUCGUUAUCAUGGGUGAGCACCUACAUCAAGACAUGUGCCAAGUACAAGCUCCUGGAACACCCCGAUCAGCUGUCGACCCUCGGGCGAUCGAAAAAAUAUGUUUCACCGGAGCUCAACUACUCCUGUAUGUUCUGGGGAUAUCGUAUUCAACAAUCAGAUGUUGAUGCUUUUGAUGCCGGGUACGUUAAAGAGGCCUUGGAAGCUACAAGAAUUCCCGAACCGAGCUCAUGGGUUGAGGCCGAUAUUUUCUCGUAUACACCUACGCCAAAUGGGACCGAGAUGCUGUAG